AUGGAGCUCGUAUUCUCUGAUGAAGCCCUGGCCAUUGUCGUCCCCAUAGCUGCCUACUGGGUCUACUCCGGCAUGUACAUGGCGCUUGGACGGUCCAUGGACCAGUACAGGCUACACCCAAGGGAGGAGGAGCGCAGCAAGAACCUCGUGCCCAAGCGCGACGUCGUCAAGGUCGUCCUCCUCCAGCAGCUCCUGCAGGCCGCCGUCGCCGCCACCGUUUUCACGCUGGGAGGCGAAAUCCCCGCCGCCGGCGAAUCACGGCAGCGGACGACCUGGGCCAUCUGCCUGACGGUGGCGCUGCAGAUCGCUGUGGGCAUGGCCGUGCUGGACGGGUGGCAGUACGCGUGGCACCGGUACAUGCACCGCAACAAGUUCCUGUACCGGCACGUCCACUCGUGGCACCACCGCCUCGUCGUGCCCUACGCCUUCGGCGCGCAGUACAACCACCCCGUGGAGGGCCUCCUCCUGGACACCGUCGGCGGUGCGCUUGCCUUCCUCGCCUCCGGCAUGUCGCCCCGCGUCUCCAUCUUCUUCUUCACGCUCUGCACCAUUAAGGGCGUCGACGACCACUGUGGCCUGUGGCUGCCGGGGAACCCGCGCGCCGGCAGAUACAACUUCUCGCAGCCCUUCUUUGUGACGUGGGACAAGGUGUUUGGGACGCACAUGCCCUACGUCGUCGAGCACAGGCCCCAAGGAGGGCUCCACGUUCGGCCCAUGGAAGCCCUUAGCUAA